AGACAGUCUAAAGCGGUGAAGUGCAUUGUUGAUUUUAACUUGAGAAAAGUGCGAGAGAUCAUGAGGUACUCGUUAGUGUCCAUAUUUUUGGUUUGUUCCUUGGGAUUUUCCAGGGGAGAUGCGGGGCAACCAGGAUCAAACAUCAAUUCAUCUCCCCAACAGUCAUCAUACACAGAAGAUGACAGCGACAUGUACAUGGAGGAUAUGGACCAUCAACCACAAGGGUCCACCGUGCAAGAGCAGAAAGAGCAACAGGAGAGCGAGAACAGCUUCUACCCUGCAUUCAGCCAGUCUCUGGGUCAUUCGAGACCAUUCUUAGAGUACCAGGAAGGAGCAUACAGUCAAAGAGCCCAACCACCCUUCCAGCAAGUGUUUGAAGCUCCUGUUAGGUUUGCCGGCUUCAAGGAAGGUUACCACCAAUCCGCCUCGAACCCCGCCCCAAAGACCCACGACCUCCUAGGAUCCGGCAAUUUCGGCGUGAUAAAAGGAGGCACUUUUUACAACGAGAACGACGCCGAACAAGCUGAACAAACGGCCUAUAGCGACUUCAGCGAGUUCUUCCACAACGGGCACGGCAGGCCUUCGUUCUACGGAGGACGUCCAAACCCCAAGCCGUACAAGCACGAGCAGUUCGCGAACUUCAAGGACUUCGCCGACAUCAAUACUCCUUCCGAUAGGCAGUACUCCCAGUACGUCGUUGUGUACGUGAACAAGAAUGGUACUGAGGAACCGGCUCCUAUGAAUAAACCCAUACACAACAAGCCUAAUAAUAUUAUAGAGAGCCUAGCUCUGUUGGAUUUGGAAUCCGAUACCACAACUGAGCCUGAGCCAGAGAAGAAGAUGUCCAAGUCCAAAAGGAAGUUAGCUCUGCUGCCCCCAGAAAAGAAACACAGAGCUAAGUUGGCGAAGAAGGAGAAUCUUACCAAAGAAUUAAGCGAACCUCUGCUUGCGCUUAGUUAAUAGUAGUUUUUUUUUUAGUUUUUGGACUAGCUCUCUGAUAAUUCGACGGAACUAGAUGUGACAGGUUCUGUCCAAGGAUUGUUAUUUUCUUCUGUGUUGUUGCUGUUUUAAAUAAUGUUGGUAGGGUUGCUAGUAAGUACAACUAGUGGAGUAGGCAAUUCAGUGUAUAGUAAAUAGACCUCUCAUUAUGUGGUGCUUUCCAAAGACAAUUAGGUAAUAUCUUACAAAACGUUAUUUUAGAUGAGUUAUGUUUUGACAAUCAACGAAAACCUGGAACAAUUCAUUACAUACAUUACUAAGGUAGAAACAGAUUCGAGCAAUACUCUGUUCAAAAAUAAAGGUUACAUAAUUUUUUUAAUCUGAAUACACAGAUUUUAAAGUUGUUUGACAACAUUAAUUUUUAACGUAUUCAAACAUACACCUGCCACUGUGACAUACGUACUACAAAUUGUAUCUGCCCAAAUAUGUAGCACUAUUGGAAAAAAGAGCUUUCUUCAUCUUCCUUCUACCAUUGUCAUCAUCAUUGUCAUUAUCACCAUCAUCAUUGUCAUCACCUUCUUCUUUUAACAUAGACCUUCAGCUUCUUCAUUCAUGUUUCAUCCAUGUUCUUUAACAUUUUUGGCUGCUUUUUGGCUUCUUCAUUCAAUCUGACUUUUUUAUGAUCCGAUUUCCUUGGGUGACAGGUUGGUAUGCUGGAUUAAAAAAAUGUCUAAAAAAUUAGUGACAUUAAAAAAAUAUAUUUUAAUUGAAGACCUCACCCCCUUCACCAUCUCCAUCGACUAUACCUAAUGAAAUUGGUAAUAAUUUUGGAUUCAUACAGGUUUUGUUCUUUCUGUGAAAGACACUAGAAUGUUAUCAGAUUUACUUUCAUUACCAAUUCAUGUAAUUUACACAUUCUCCGUUAUCGAAGAAAAAAAUAAUUGAGGAAGAGGAAGUAGAAAUAUAUAUUUAAAUCGAAUUCCACCAAAAGAUAUUGUUUCAGUCACAGUGGCUUGUGGUCAAUCAUGGGUGACUAGAUAAUUUUUUGUUAAAAAGUAAUUUGUAAAUCAUGUUAUAAAUUCAGUGCCUGCAAUGGACAGUUUCGACAUUGUUUUGAGCAAUUGUUUCCCAAGUAUUGCUUAGUAGGUACUGAAUUUUGGUAUCUCCUUGCGUUAAUAUUACAAAAGAAGCUUUCCACAAUAAACAGAAUAUUUUACUUUUAAAUUUAUAAUUUUUGUAUCUACUUAAAAUUGUACAUUUUCGUACAUUUUCUGCGCUUAAAAAUUUUGAAAUAACAAUAAUCUUUCUCCCCGUAAAAUCUACACAUGCGUCAUCCUUAUAUAAAUAAAAAUGAUAAAAACAAUCGAUUUUGUUGUGAUUUUGCAGUUAUUUGUAACCUCUCAGUAUUAUAAUUCACAUGUGUAGCAAAUGCAGCCACGCUAAAAGUAAUGAAUAAGCAGAUAUUUUGUAAUAAAGAAUGUUAAAAAAAAGACAUCAACGGUUGCAUUUUGCUUUGUUUUCUUUGAUUUAAUUCUUCAAUAAUCUUAUCCCUUUUAAAUUUAUUGUGGUUACUUGACAAGUUAUUAUUAAUUUAUCAGAAAACAAAACAUAUUUCCCUAGUUAGUUGUAUUGUUCUCAUCAGUUAAAACAAGGCAUAAUUGUCACUGCCCUAAGUACCGAUAAAUAAUGUUCAAUUAUGCAUUUUAGUAAAUUAUUAGCAUUAGAUGUUUAAAUAACUAAUUGUCUUCUCUAAAAAAUGGAUGUAAAACAUGGAUUUUAAAUUAGAUAGUAGGUACAAUUAACAAAUUUUUUUCUUAAAGUCGAAAUUUACCAAAAUAUCCACAUUCUAGGGAAACAUUUAGUUAAGUAUUUCGAUUAUAAUGUCAUACUUUAGAAAUAUACUAGGUAUAUUUUAAAUGACUGAAAGAUAGAUUAAGAGUUAUGUUUAAGUUAAAAAGUUACCAGUCUAGUUAGGAAAUAUAAUGUUGUUGUAGCGAAAUUGUAACAUUAUAGACAUA